AUGUCGGGACGAGAGGAUGAUCUGGCUUACGGCAAGUACUACCAGCGGGAUGACGGCCAGGGAGAGAGCACAAGAGGUUUUGUAGGUGAUACCUUCAACAAGCUGCGGAAUACCUACAAGCAGCACCACUCGCAGUCGCCGCCGCCGGGACAGAAUCAGCCCCAGAGCAGUUAUAAUCCAGGGGGUUACGGUGGCCAGAAUUUCUCCCCGAAUCAAGGCGCGCCGCAGACCUAUCCAUAUGGAACCCAGGGUCAGAACCAGAACGAGAACCAGAACCCCGCGUACCAGGAACCCGGGUACCAAGGAAAGCCUGCGAAACAGGACAAAUUCUCCGGAUUGCUGGGAAAGUUUCAGGACACCGUCGCCACUCUUGGAACAGAUGUGGCCCAACGGCUCGGAACGGCCCUCGACCCCCAGGCGUACGCGCAAUAUGGCACGCCCCAACCCCAAUCGCAGCAACGGUUCGGCAGCUUUGCUGCGCCCCGGCAGGCCAAUGAUGCGAAGUGGUAUGUCGACGGGUGCUCUUACUUCUAUGCCGUCUCGAAGGCACUAGAGAGUGCUAAGGAGUCGAUUUGGAUUCUGGACUGGUGGCUGUCCCCCGAAUUGUACCUCAGACGUCCACCGGCGAAGAAUGAGCAAUAUCGCCUGGACCGGAUGCUGCACGCUGCUGCCCAGCGCGGAGUGCGCGUCAAUAUCAUCGUGUAUAAGGAGGUGACCCAGGCAUUGACUCUCUCGUCUUCCCAUACCAAGCAUGCUCUCGAGGACCUCCACCAGAACAUCGCCGUGUUCCGUCACCCCGACCAUCUUCCCGAUCGUCAGAAUCUCCACUCCUCGAUUACUACAACCCUGCAGAAUCUGACCCUGGACACCGUCUCACUUGCCAAGAUGUCCGGUGAUGCGCUCAAGGGUAUCUAUGGCAUGAACGAGGAUGUGAUUCUCUACUGGGCGCACCACGAAAAGCUGUGUCUCAUCGACGGCAGAAUUGCCUUCAUGGGCGGCCUGGACAUGUGCUUUGGCCGCUGGGAUACACAUCAGCAUGCAAUCGCUGAUGUCCACCCAACCAAUCUCGACGAUAUCGUCUUCCCUGGCCAAGAUUAUAACAACGCGCGAGUUCUCGACUUUCAGGAUGUCGUGCACUGGGAGAAGAACCAGCUCAAUCGGGAACGGACCUCGCGUAUGGGCUGGUCUGAUAUCUCGGUCAGUCUGCACGGUCAGGUCGUGGAAGAUCUGCGCCGGCAUUUUGUAGAGCGGUGGAACUUUAUUUACGACACCAAGUACCAGGUUCGCAAGGAUGUGAGAUACUCGAAACUUGCGCUGUACGGUCGGCCCAGCUCCUCUACAAGCCAACAGCAGUCGGCUGCGAAUAAUCAACCUCAAUCGCAGCAGCAGCAGCAACCACAUCAACCCCAAUACCAGCAGCAGAGCCAACCUCAGUACCAGCAGCAGCACCAGCCUCAGCAACCAGCUGAUCUCUCGGCCUACCCGCCCCAGACAACCGUUGGUGGCCAAGGAGCACCAAACUAUCAGCCUCCAUCGCCUGGCUACGGUGGACAGUCGCCAUCGCAAGCCCAGACCGGCUCCCACCAGUACUCCUACACCGGGGACUCAUUCCCACCACCUCCCCCUGGGCCACCGCCAACCCAAUCUUAUGGGUCGACUCCAACUCAGUCUUAUGGAUCGGCUCAAUCGCCCAAUCAGGGCCAAGGUCAGGCACCUUAUUUCCCUCCACCUCCAACUCAGGAGGGAUCCCAUUCCCAGACAAGAGGCAUGGACGACUACUAUGAGGGCUCACGGGGCCAAGGUGACCCCGACCGCAGCAGUUUCAACCCUCGCCGCUUCAAGGACGAAAUCACGGGUUAUGGCAAUGUCCUCCGCGGGCAACUGGCGGGACAGGUGCAUCAGUACCAGGAUCGUCUAAGUUCCUUCGGGCGCCCUGGUCCCCAGCAGCGAGGCAACAUGUCCUGCCAGAUCGUGCGCAGCUGCACGAAAUGGAGUAACGGAACACCCACCGAGCAUUCGAUUGCCGACGCAUAUGCAGCGAUCAUCCGCAACAGUGAGCACUUUGUGUACAUCGAGAACCAGUUCUUCAUCACGGCGACUGGUGAUUCCCAGAAACCGGUUCGGAACCAGAUCGGUGCUGCCAUCGUUGAGCGUAUCCUACGUGCUGCUCGGGCAGGCCAGAAGUAUAAGAUCAUCGUGGUGAUCCCCACGGUACCCUGCUUUGCUGGGGACCUGGAAGAUGAGGCAUCUCUGGGAACGCGUGCAAUUAUGGAGUUCCAGUACAAUUCGAUCAAUCGGGGCGGCCACAGUAUCAUGGAGCUCAUUGCUAAGGAGGGAUAUAACCCGAUGGAAUACAUCCGAUUCUAUAACCUCCGCAACUACGACCGGAUCAAUGCGAACAGCCGCAUGUCGGAGAUUGAACAGAAGAGUGGUGUUAGUUAUGAGGACGCCCGGAAGCAGCAUGAUCUGAACACCGUUGGCCCAGGCGGCUAUGGCCCCGGUGCUACUCGGACCGCUUUUGAUACGAGCGUCCCAUUUCAGCAGCAGUACCAGCAAGCUGCUCACCAAGUGUCGACGACCAAGUCGACAUCCGGCCGAUGGGACAGUGUUAGCGAGUGUUAUAUGCUCCACGGCGAGGACAUUCGGAACGUGCCUUGGGAAGGGCCCAGUGAGGCUGAGAUUGAUGCUUUCGUCACGGAGGAACUCUAUGUUCAUUCCAAGGUCAUGAUUGCGGAUGAUCGGGUGGUCAUCUGCGGCUCCGCCAACCUGAACGAUCGAUCUCAGCUAGGCGACCACGACUCCGAGAUUGCGGUCAUCAUCGAAGACCAGACCCCCGUGCAGUCUAGCAUGAAUGGCCAGCCAUGGACCGCCAGCCGCUUUGCCGCCUCCCUUCGCCGGCAACUGUUCCGCAAGCACCUCGGUCUUUUGCCCCCAGAAGACCCUCAGCGGCCGGAUGCCAACUCAGAGCCAGUCGGCGUGCCCAACCAGUUCGACUUUGACGCCCCUGAGAGUAGGAUCGUCGCCGAUCCCCUCGCAGACACCCUCCAGAGCCUCUGGAACACGCGCUCCAGGACGAACACAGAAGUAUUCCGUAAAGUCUUCCACGCCGUUCCCGAUGACACAGUACGCGACUGGGCCUCAUAUAGGGAGUUCUACAGCUACUACUUCCAGGGCUCCGACAAGCAGGCGUAUGGCAAGGAGGAGAAGGACUCGCGGCCUUCGCGGUUCCAGUACGGGCAUGUCGUUCGGGACAACUUCGCCCCUGGCGCUGAAGGCGUGCGCGAGGUGAAGGAACUGUUGAGUCAGGUAAAGGGUACAUUGGUGGAGAUGCCGUUGAUGUUCCUGAUCGAGGAGGAUGUGGCCAAGUCGGGGUUGGCUCUGAAUGAGCUGACGGAGCCGCUCUAUACCUAA